AUGGCAACGGCGGCAUCGCAGGAGCAUGAGCACCGGGCAGCGGACAACGGCACGACCGCGCCGUCACCCAGUGCCACCAACAGCUGGGGGCCCUACUCUGGUGCCGGCGACUUCGCUAGCAACAUGGCCGUCAUCCUGGCCGCGCUGCUCGCCGCUCUGGCGCUUUCCGCGGCGCUCACUGCCGCUGUCAGGUAUCUGCUCCGCCGCCGCCGACGCGGCCGCGCUGGCGUAGCGGAAGGGGACCCGGAGAAGCCCCUUUCCGCGGAGGUGACAUCGCCGCCUCCAUCUCUGGUGUACUCGGCGGCGGGGACCAAGCUGGCAGGCGCGGCCGAGUGCGCGAUAUGCCUGGCCGAGUUCGUGGACGGGGACGCCGUGCGCGUCAUGCCGGCCUGCGGCCACGGCUUCCACGCGCGCUGCAUCGAGCGGUGGCUAGCCGGAGGCCUGCGGUCGUCAUGCCCGACGUGCCGCGCGCCGGCUGCGACGCCGCAAACCGAUGGGGCUGCAGAGGCCGCCAGGUCUUGA